UAAUUUUGUAGUGCCGAAAUGAGUGGUUUGAUUUUAUCCGUUUGUUUCGAUUUUACCAAUUUAUUGUGUAAUUUUUUUCGUUUUGAUUUUAUCAAUUUAUUGUUUAAUUUUAUCCGUUUUAUUUGAGAAAUUAAUCUCAAUUACUAAAACUAGAAAGACGUCUUUUGUAUUUGAGACAUGGCAUAUUAUGCUGCAAAAGAAGAAUAUGUUAAAACAAGGAUCGACGAGGAGUCACUUGGCGAUUAUACCUCAUUUAAUUUGCCAGUUACGGUGUCCUUCAAAGACAUCCAUGUAUCCAGCAUUCUAAAUGGGGUAUUUGGGAGUGCAGGGCCUGGCGAGCUGCUAUCUAUUAUGGGACCAAGUGGUUCUGGAAAAACGACUCUACUCAAUUGCCUUUUUGGGGCUCAGAAAACCGACAGCGGGGUGAUUACCUUGAACGGUGAAGUUCUGAAUAAGGAUUUGAGACGCCGUAUAGCUUACGUUCGGCAAGAUGAAUUGUUUUGUUCGGGUCUGACCGUCAGAGGCCUAUUGGAGUUUCAUGCUAAUUUAAGACUACCAAGCAGGAUGACGCAUCAAGAAAAAAUGAAAUAUGUGGAUUUUAUUGUGGAAAGUUUUAAUAUGAAUAAUCCGAAACUUUUAAAAACAAGAGUAAAACCUGAGUGUGGAUUAUCCGGCGGUGAGAAAAAAAGAAUCAACAUAAUGUGCGAGUUGAUGAGUGAUGCACCGAUUCUGCUGAUUGAUGAGCCAACUACCGGCUUGGAUUCUCAUAAUGCCUUAAACUUAAUCAAAUGUCUGAAAAGGAUAGCUGUGAAGCAUCAUAAAACUAUAAUACUUACAGUGCACCAACCGUCUUCCCAGAUUAUGAAACAUUUUGAUAAGUUGCUUCUUGUGAGUGACGGAGAGGUGGCCUAUUUCGGGAGGGUCAACGACGUAUUAGAAACGAUGCGAAAGCUGGAUUUGAUAAUGGAGUCGAAUUAUAAUAUAGGCGACUUUUUACUUGAGUUGUUGUAUACAGAAAACAAAAGCAAGAUGAUUGAAGCGGCAAGACGGAAAUAUGAAGAGGAAGCAACUGCAAAUGGGAUCAUCCCUAAAAUAAAUGGGAACAACAUCUCUACUUUGAAUAUGAAAGUAUUAGUUGCUGAUGGCAACAUAACUAAAGAACUCGUAAAAACUCAAGACUCAGCAACAGAAUCUGGCCAAGAUUCAGGUAGGUCUUCCAUGUUCUCCAGCACCGGUAAUAGUUCCGUAUCCAGCCAUGAAGACAACUUGGACUACAACAGAUGGCCAGUUCCGUUCUGGGAACAGGUUUCUAUUCUGACGAGGCGGCAAUUAAUUUCUAGCGCAAUAGGAUAUUUGACUACGUGGAACCUUGCUCAUACACUUAUAUUAACUAUUCUGCAGUGUGCCAUUUGGUUCCAAAUAGAAAGGACAGAAGAAAAUAUUCCCACCAUAGAUGGAUAUAUAUUCUUCGAACUAUUUAUAUGGACUUUAUCUGCGACAUUCGAAGCUUUAUAUUCUUUUUCCACCGAGCGUUCUGUCAUUAAUAGAGAAAGACAAUCUGGGAUGUAUCGUCUGUCCGCCUAUUAUUUUUCCAAAAUGAUUUCAGAAUUGCCAGUCAUCAUAUCGCGACCCUUAUUUUCCCAUAUCGUUACAUCCUUAUUUCUUGGAGAAAGAAAUUGUACAGUCGUAUUAGUCCAAUUGGCAUUGCUUCUGCUCUGUGCACUUACUUAUCAGGGUAUUGGACUGCUUAUUAGUAGUUUCGGUGUUGACACGAGGAUAUCGACAGUAAUUUGCUCACUCAUCUCCGUGCCCAGCCUUUUGUUUGCAAGUCACUUGGCUCAAAAUCUACCUAAAGGGAUUUCUUGGCUUCAAUAUUUAUCUGUAGCGUAUUACGGCUUCACAGGAAUGAAAAUUUCAGAAUACCUGUAUGGGUAUCCAGUUAUGUGUGCUGUCGGAAAUUCCAUUUAUGAUGCUUGCAGAAACGGGAAUGGUACCAUUCCUCCUAGUGACUUAUUAAGUGGAGUAGAUUCUGUUUUAUCCCCUGGUUCUGCGAUUUUAAUACUUUCCCUUGCGCUCCUAUUUUUAAGUUGGCUUACCUAUCUAAGUCUGAGGUUCUACAAAUCCCCUACUAGAACAAAUUAAGAGAUCUGUUUUAGAUCGACUGCUUUGAGCAAAUGUCAAAAACUUUACUUAUAACAUCAUAAUGUAUUUUAUAUUUGACCAAUUUGCUGGCUACUGCAAUGAACAAAUCGCCUUUCAAGGUGUUAUUUUGGACUGAAUAUUUGAAACAUAAUUCAAUGCCUCUUAGCCUCUGUUAGGUGUUACAUAAGGAACACCGUAAAUGUAUUUUUCCUUAAUGGCUAAGUCAUGUACAUAUGUUUAUUAAUGUAUUUUAUUCAAUUCAAUUUGUUUUUAAUAAACUUUAAUUUUUCUGAAACGUA